AUCACUUGUGGAAUUUUCCGCUCGAUCCCGUCAUGUCCACUGGAAACUUACUGAAGCUUUCACACACUGAGGAGCAGUUUAUCGCUCAAUCAAUCCUAUAGAUAACCAUACACGCAUGUAUAUAUACCUCAUCAGUGACCAGCAGCACGAUUACAACUAUAAUAAUGAUGGCUUCCAACACAGAAAUACAGAUCAAAGAAAAUGGUGUCCUGGAUGACACGUCGCUGGAUGUUGCUGCUGCUGAAAGCUUCUUGCAAAAAUCCAUGGCUAUAAUUUUAGAAGAUGCGGUGAAGAAGGCCGUCGAUGUCAGACAAAAGGUUUGUGAGUGGCGCUCUCCUGAGGAGCUAAAGGAUCUUCUGGACCUGGAGCUGAGAGAGGAUGGCGAGUCUGAGACGAAGAUCCUGCAGCGAUGCCGGGAUGCCAUCAGAUACAGUGUCAAAACCACCCACCCUCAUUUCUUUAACCAGCUGUAUGCGGGAUUGGAGCCUUACUCCAUGGCGGCAAGCUUCAUCACAGAGGCCCUGAAACCAAGCGUGUAUACGUAUGAGGUCUCUCCAGUCUUCACCCUGAUGGAGGAUGCUGUGCUGAGGAAGAUUAUACAGGUUCUUGGCUGGGAGGAAGGAGAUGGCAUAUUUAAUGCAGGUGGGUCGAUGUCCAACAUGUACGCAAUGAACCUAGCCCGGUACCGUUGCUUUCCUGAAAUCAAAGAGCAUGGCAACUCUGCAGCUCCCCAGCUGGUGGUGUUCACUUCACAAGAGUGCCAUUACUCCAUCUCAAAAGCUGCGGCUUUAAUGGGAAUUGGAACAAAGAAUGUAAUUGUGGUCCCAGCUGAUAAGAGAGGAAAGAUGAUUCCUUCUGCUCUUGAAGAGCAAAUCAAGUCUGCUAAAAAUGAGGGUGCUGUUCCUUUUAUGGUAAACGCCACAGCGGGGACCACUGUACUUGGUGCAUUCGACCCCAUUGACGAAAUCGCAGACAUCUGCGAGAAAUACAAAAUGUGGCUCCAUGUGGAUGCAUGUUGGGGAGGAGCAGUGAUCCUGUCCAAUAAGCACAAGCACCUAAUGAAGGGCAUUCAGAGAGUCAACUCUGUUGCCUGGAACCCCCACAAGAUGCUGAUGGCUUGUCUGCAGUGCUCAGCUUUCUUGGUCAGAGACAAAACUCGUCUCCUACAGCACUGCCAUUCUGCACGGGCUUCCUACCUCUUUCAGCAGGACAAGUUCUACGACUUGAGCUACGACACUGGGGACAAGUCGGUGCAGUGCAGCAGGAAGCCAGACGCCUUCAAAUUCUGGCUAAUGUGGAAGGCUUUAGGAACCAGAGAGCUGGAGCACAGGGUGGACAGAGCUCUCGUCAUGGCCAGGUAUCUUGCAGAACAAAUGAAGAAAAGAGAAGGCUUCAAACUGUUGAUGGAGCCAGAAUUUGCAAACGUUUGCUUCUGGUACAUCCCACCAAGCCUAAGAGACUUGCCAGAUUGCCCCGAGUUCUGGAAAAAACUGCACAAUGUGGCUCCCCUUAUUAAGGAGCGCAUGAUGAAGAAAGGCAGCAUGAUGGUGGGCUACCAGCCGCAUGGCGGCAGAGCCAACUUCUUCAGGAUGGUGGUGAUCAGUCCUCAGGUCAGCAAGCAAGACAUGGACUUUGUCCUGGAUGAGAUACACAGUCUGGGGAUGGACUUGUAAUACAUUGAUUCGUUCUUAGGGAAGCUUAUGUUUCAUAAGUUUACAAAUAAUUAUCUGCAGCACAAGGACCAAACUUGGCAUUGCAUCUCAUUGAAUUAAUAAUUGUCUGAGUUGCAAUUUACUUUUAAAAUGCUGUCCAUUUGACAUAAAAGAUCAUGCUUGUGGCACUUUACCUGUCUUGUCAUGGGAUAUGAGGUUUCUGCAUUACAUUGCAGUGUUGUAAGAGCUCGACAUUUAUUUGAAUCUCACUUUAUAAUACGUAGUUUGAAUAAUAGUUUCUUUUUUUAUAGAAACUCUGAUUCUGGUCUUACUAAAGUGUGCAUGUUUCCUUAAAGUCUGAGAGACCAUUCCUGAAUAAAUGAGACUGUCUGGCAGUAAACUGCCAUGUUCUAUCACAAUAUAUGGAGCACCACAAGGGCCCCUGAAAUAUUUGUCGGAAACUAAAUAAAUAGUAUGAAAAGAGUUUGUGUAAAAACCA